GUAGGAGCGGUGGUGGCGGCGCCGAGGGCGGCGGAAGAGGAUGGAGGCUGUGGUGUUCGUCUUUUCUCUUCUCGAUUGUUGCGCGCUCAUCUUCCUCUCCGUCUACUUCAUAAUUACUUUGUCUGAUUUAGAAUGUGAUUACAUUAAUGCUAGAUCAUGUUGCUCGAAAUUAAACAAGUGGGUAAUUCCAGAAGUAAUUGGCCAUACCGUUGUUACUGUAUUAAUGCUAGUUUCACUGCACUGGUUCAUCUUUCUCCUCAACUUGCCUGUUGCCACUUGGAAUAUAUAUCGGUUCAUUAUGGUGCCAAGUGGUAACAUGGGAGUGUUUGAUCCAACAGAAAUACACAAUCGAGGGCAGCUGAAGUCGCACAUGAAAGAAGCCAUGAUCAAGCUUGGUUUUCACUUGCUUUGCUUCUUCAUGUAUCUCUACAGCAUGAUUCUAGCGCUAAUCAACGACUGAAGCUGGAGAGCCGGGGGGGUCCGCCACACUACGGCGCACCGUUGAGGAGCCCGAGAUGACUUCAGUCUUCAUCCUUAGGAAGUGACCGUAGCAGUAUAUUUUUCCUCUUUGAACAAAAAAAGACGAAACUAUUUUUGCUGUAUUUUUACCAUAUAAAGUAUUUAAAAAAUA